UUGCCAAUUGGCAAUUUGCGGCAGUCCCAAAUGGAGUAUUGUCCACCGAACGUAACCUUGACGGAGAUAUGGAUAGACCAUGGAAUAUCACAAUGUUUUAUGGAAACAGUUUCUGCGGUAUUCAUUGGAGGAUUUCUUCUUAUAUUUGGGUUAUUCCAAAUAGUUAUGUAUAAGAGAUAUGCCACUGAAGUGGUAGAUGUUAGGUCUUCAAAAUGGUUUGCUGUACAAUUAUUUUUCACACUAUUUGUACCUGUUUUAGCAGUGAUAAGAUUCCUAUUACAGGCACUUCUAUUUAAGGGAGGACAUAUCUAUGGUUAUAUGAUUGUAGCUUUGGUAGUGACCCUUAUUGUAUUUCCGCUGUCAGCUUAUUUAGCUGUCUUAGAAAAACGCUAUUUGUUACCUUCUGUACCUCCGAGAGGUCAUGGUUUUGUGCUGCUUGUUUUUUGGGCCAUGAUUUUUGUAUCGGAGAAUCUAUCAUUUUUGAAUCUUAACAAAGAAGGAUGGUGGUGGCAUCUAAGGAAUCUACAAGAUCGUCUAGAAAUGUCGCUUUUUGUAGGACGUUAUGUAUCAUGCAUGAUAAUGUUCAUACUUGGAAUGAAGGCUCCAGGCAUCAUGCACCAAUUUGAGUGUUUGGAGAAUGAAGAUGGCGCCCGCAGAAACUUAUCAUCUAGGGAUGAAAACAGGUCUACGUUCCGCAAUGUUUUUGGAAAACUACGCACACUGCUGCCGUUCCUAUGGCCCCGGAGGAGUCUGCAGUUACAGAUUUACGUACUAAUAUGCAUCAUGGCGCUGGUUGCUGGACGCGCGAUCAAUCUUUAUGUACCGAUUUAUAAUAAGAAAAUUGUUGAUAGUAUAUCCAUACCUCCGAUACACUACCGAUGGGACCUGGUCGUCAUUUACGUAUUCCUGAAAUUCCUGCAAGGAGGAGGUACGGGAGGGAUGGGACUCCUGAACAAUUUGCGAUCAUUCCUAUGGAUAAAAGUACAGCAGUACACCACGCGAGAGUUGCAGCUAGAGCUUUUUAGACAUCUCCAUGAUUUACCUCUCAAAUGGCACCUGUCACGGAAGACCGGUGAGGUCCUCAGAGUGAUGGACCGGGGUACAGACUCCAUCGACAAUCUCCUAUCGUAUAUACUGUUCUCAAUCACACCAACACUAGUGGACAUUGUGGUGGCAGUCGUUUACUUUGUGUCACAGUUCAACGCCUGGUUCGGAUUAAUCGUUUUCUCCACUAUGGUGUUAUAUAUUAUUGCGACUAUAGUGGUAACGGAAUGGCGUACGAAGUUCCAGCGUCGUAUGAACCUCGCGGACAAUGAACAAAAGGCGCGCUCUGUUGACUCGUUGCUGAACUACGAAACGGUCAAAUAUUAUGGUGCUGAGGGCUACGAAGUAUUCUCAUAUAGAGAGGCUAUUGUUAAUUAUCAAAAAGAAGAAUUUAAAUCCUUACUAACACUCAACAUGCUGAACACAAUGCAAAAUAUUAUAAUUUGUGGAGGGCUCUUGGCGGGCUCAUUACUGGCUGUGUCUAUGGUUGUAAAAACACACGAACUAACCGUUGGUGACUAUGUACUCUUCGCAUCUUAUAUCAUACAGCUCUAUGUGCCGUUGAAUUGGUUCGGCACAUAUUACAGGGCGAUCCAGAAGAACUUCGUGGACAUGGAGAACAUGUUCGACUUGAUGCGCGUGGACUCGGAUGUGCGCGACGCGCCCGGCGCGCCCGAGCUGGCCGUGCGGCACGGCGGCAUCGAGUUCAAGAACGUCUCCUUCGGCUACGGGCCCGAGAGGCUCGUGCUCAACAACGUCAGCUUCCGAGUCGCGCCCGGCGCUACUGUCGCGCUGGUGGGACCGAGCGGCGCAGGCAAGUCGACGGUAAUGCGACUGCUGUUCCGGUUCUACGACGUGAACGAGGGCGCCGUGUUGGUGGACGGGCAAGACGUGCGCACCGUGACGCAGGCCUCGCUGCGCGCCAACAUUGGCGUCGUGCCCCAGGACACCGUGCUAUUCAACAACACCGUGCGGUAUAACAUCCAGUACGGGCGCCUGGAUGCACCAAUCGCUGACGUUAUAUCAGCAGCCAAAAAUGCGGAUAUACAUGAUCGUAUAUUGACGUUCCCAGACGCGUACGAUACUCAGGUGGGAGAAAGAGGUCUUCGUCUCAGUGGUGGUGAAAAGCAAAGGAUAGCGAUUGCGCGGACUUUGCUCAAGGACCCUGCGAUAGUGCUGCUAGAUGAAGCCACGUCCGCCUUGGACACAAACACGGAGAGAAAUAUUCAGACGGCUCUAGCUCGCGUGUGUGCGAAUAGGACUACACUUAUAAUAGCACACAGGCUCUCCACCAUCAUCCAUGCAGAUGAAAUUCUCGUUCUCAAGGAUGGUGAAAUAAUCGAGAGAGGAAAUCAUGAAGCGUUAUUAGCGCAAAACGGGUUCUACGCUUCAAUGUGGCAGCAACAGUUGGAAAACCGAAACAGCAUUAACAGCACAGAGGGCAACAACAACAACAACAACAACAACGAACCCCGACCGGCAAACCAAAACAACGGCCUAGCAAUGUUCGGUCACGGCCACGGCCACGGCCACUAG